AGACGCCAGCCAAAGGAGGCGGGGUUGCAGGAGGAGAGUCCGCUCUGCGCAAUCCAGUCCGGGACUUGGCUCCGCCCGGGAGCCGCGGCCUCUCCAGUGACAGAGGAGUAGUGAGCGGCACCGGGUGAGGCUGCAGCCAACUCCGCUCCCCGCGCACUCGGCCGCCCAGGCGCUCGGGACGCAGCAGCGGCGCUUCUCCGCGGGGCCGACCGCCCGCGAUGCCCGCUUAGGAGCAGCGGCAGCGGCCAGCAUCGCCACACCCGGGCAGCAGCGCUCGCGGUCGCAGAGCGGGGGCUACAGCUUGCCCCCUGCCCCAGCCCCCACCCCGCCCCCCACCCUGAAAUGACUUGUUAAUCCGCGCGGACACCACCGAAGGGACUCACCGGAGUGGAAUCCAAGUGGAAUUUGGAUUUGGAGAAGAGUUUCUUGAACAUUUACUCCUUCCUUGUUGGUUUAUUUUUCUUUUAUUUUUUUCCUCUCCCCUUCUGCGCCUGUCAUUGGAGAUGAACAGAGCGCGUUUGCUUCCCAGAAAGUAGUCGCCGCGACUGUUACCCCCAAAGAGACGAACACACAUGUAGGAAUGACAAAGGCUUGCAAAGGAGAGAGCGCAGCUUGCGGCCCGGAGAGAUCUCCUCGAUAAUGGAUUACUAAAUGGGAUACACGCUGUACCAGCCCGCUCCGAGCCCCGGCCGCCUGCCCGUCGAUGCACCGAAAAGGGUGAAGUAGAGAAAUAAAGUCUCCCCGCUGAACUACUAUGAGGUCAGAAGCCUUGCUGCUAUAUUUCACACUGCUACACUUUGCUGGGGCUGGUUUCCCAGAAGAUUCUGAGCCGAUCAGUAUUUCGCAUGGCAACUAUACAAAACAAUACCCGGUGUUUGUGGGCCACAAGCCAGGACGGAACAGCACGCAGAGGCACAGGAUGGACAUCCAGAUGAUGGUGAUCAUGAACAGAACCCUCUACAUUGCUGCUAGGGACCAUAUUUAUACUGUUGAUAUGGACACCUCACACACAGAAGAAAUUUAUUGUAGCAAAAAACUGACAUGGAAAUCGAGACAGGCCGAUGUAGACACAUGCAGAAUGAAGGGAAAACAUAAGGAUGAGUGUCACAACUUUAUUAAAGUCCUUCUAAAGAAAAAUGAUGAUACUCUGUUUGUCUGCGGAACUAACGCCUUCAACCCUUCUUGCAGAAACUAUAAGAUGGAUACUCUGGAACCUUUUGGGGAUGAAUUUAGUGGAAUGGCCAGAUGCCCAUACGAUGCCAAACACGCCAACGUUGCACUGUUUGCAGAUGGGAAACUAUACUCAGCCACAGUGACUGACUUCCUUGCCAUCGAUGCAGUCAUUUACCGGAGUCUUGGAGACAGCCCGACCCUACGGACCGUCAAGCAUGAUUCCAAAUGGUUGAAAGAACCAUACUUUGUCCAAGCAGUGGAUUAUGGAGACUACAUCUACUUCUUCUUCAGGGAAAUAGCAGUGGAGUAUAACACCAUGGGAAAGGUAGUCUUCCCGAGAGUGGCUCAGGUUUGUAAGAAUGACAUGGGAGGGUCUCAAAGAGUCCUGGAGAAACAGUGGACGUCCUUCCUGAAGGCUCGCCUCAACUGCUCGGUUCCCGGAGACUCUCAUUUUUAUUUUAACAUACUCCAGGCGGUCACAGACGUGAUUCACAUUAAUGGCCGUGAUGUUGUGCUGGCCACCUUUUCCACACCUUAUAACAGCAUCCCCGGGUCAGCAGUGUGUGCCUACGACAUGCUUGACAUUGCCAAUGUUUUCACGGGGAGGUUCAAAGAACAGAAGUCUCCAGAUUCCACUUGGACACCAGUUCCUGAUGAACGCGUGCCCAAGCCCAGGCCAGGUUGCUGCGCUGGCUCAUCGUCCUUAGAAAAAUAUGCAACCUCCAAUGAGUUUCCCGAUGAUACCCUGAACUUCAUCAAAACGCACCCACUCAUGGAUGAGGCUGUGCCUUCUGUCAUCAACAAGCCAUGGUUCCUGAGGACGAUGGUCAGAUACCGCCUGACCAAAAUUGCGGUGGACACUGCUGCCGGGCCGUAUCAGAAUCACACUGUGGUUUUCCUGGGAUCAGAGAAGGGAGUCAUCUUGAAGUUCUUGGCCAGGAUAGGAAACAGUGGUUUCCUAAAUGACAGCAUCUUCCUGGAGGAGAUGAGCGUUUAUAACCCUGAAAAGUGCAGCUACGACGGAGUGGAGGACAGGAGGAUCGUGGGCAUGCAGCUGGACAGAGCCAGCGGCUCGCUGUACGCUGCGUUCUCCACCUGCGUGGUAAAGCUGCCCCUCGGCCGCUGCGAACGACAUGGCAAGUGUAAAAAAACCUGCAUCGCCUCCAGAGACCCAUACUGCGGGUGGGUAAAGGAAGGAGGUUCCUGUGCCCACCUGUCACCCAGCAGCAGACUGACUUUUGAACAGGACAUAGAACGUGGCAAUACAGAUGGCCUGGGAGACUGUCACAAUUCCUUUGUGGCCCUGAAUGACAUUUCAACUCCUCUUCCAGAUUAUGAAAUGUCUUACAACACAGUAUAUGGGCACUCCAGUUCCCUCUUGCCCAGCACCACCACGUCAGAUGCGGCGGCUCAAGAGGGGUAUGAGUCUAGGGCAGGAAUGCUGGACUGGAAGGAUCUGCUCGAUUCACCUGACAGGACAGACUCUUUGGGGGCGGUGUCUUCCCGUAAUCACCAAGACAAGAAGGGAGUAAUUCGGGAAAGUUACCUCAAAGGCCAUGACCAGCUCGUCCCUGUCACCCUCCUGGCCAUUGCGGUCAUUCUGGCUUUUGUCAUGGGGGCUGUAUUCUCUGGCAUCAUUGUCUAUUGCGUCUGCGACCACAGGCGCAAAGACGUGUCCGCUGUGCAGCGCAAAGAGAAGGAGCUCACCCACUCGCGCCGGGGCUCCAUGAGCAGCGUCACCAAGCUCAGCGGUCUCUUCGGGGACACCCAGUCCAAAGACCCGAAGCCGGAGGCCAUCCUCACACCACUCAUGCACAACGGCAAGCUCCCCACACCCGGCAACACGGCCAAGAUGCUCAUCAAGGCCGAUCAGCACCACUUAGACCUGGCGGCCUUGCCCACCCCGGAGUCCACCCCGACCCUGCAGCAGAAGCGGAAGCCCAGCCGCGGCAGCCGCGAGUGGGAGAGGAACCAGAACCUCAUCAACGCCUGCACCAAGGACAUGCCCCCCAUGGGCUCCCCUGUGAUCCCCACGGACCUGCCCCUGCGGGCCUCCCCCAGCCACAUCCCCAGCGUGGUGGUCCUGCCCAUCACGCAGCAAGGCUACCAGCACGAGUACGUGGACCAGCCCAAAAUGAGCGAGGUGGCCCAGAUGGCGCUGGAGGACCAGGCGGCCACCCUGGAGUAUAAGACCAUCAAGGAGCAUCUCAGCAGCAAGAGUCCCAACCACGGGGUGAACCUGGUGGAGAACCUGGACAGCCUGCCCCCCAAAGUCCCCCAGCGGGAGGCCUCCCUGGGCCCUCCAGGAGCCUCCCUGUCUCAGAACGGCCUGAGCAAGCGGCUGGAAAUGCACCACUCCUCCUCCUACGGCCUUGACUAUAAGAGGAGCUACCCCACGAACUCACUCACAAGAAGCCACCAGGCCACCACUCUCAAAAGAAACAAUACUAACUGCUCCAAUUCCUCCCACCUGUCCAGGAACCAGAGCUUUGGCCGGGGAGACAACCCGCCCCCCGCCCCACAGAGGGUGGACUCGAUCCAGGUGCACGGCGCGCAGCCCGCGGGCCAGGCCGUGACUGUUUCGCGGCAGCCCAGCCUCAACGCCUACAACUCGCUGACGAGGUCGGGGCUGAAGCGCACACCCUCGCUAAAGCCGGACGUACCCCCCAAACCCUCCUUUGCCCCCCUUUCCACAUCCAUGAAGCCCAAUGACGCGUGUACAUAAUCCCAGGGGGAGGGGUCAGGUGUCGAACCAGCAGGAAAGGCCAGGCGCGCGCCCAGCUCGGCGAGGCCCUCCACUGCCUGAGUACCCACCAGACCAAGAUGGCCGCGGCGGAGCGGAGGACGCUGGGUCCCCCCUCGGGGGCGCAGGGGGACCCUGGAAAAUUGGGCCACGUGGUUGGGUGAAGGUUUGCGACGCGGGACUCACCUCCAUUCUCUGACUUCACUCUCCCCUCACACCGUGCAGCAGGUCGGACUCACGAGACUUAAAUUAUCAUCACAAACAUGAGCCAAAAGCACAUACCCACCCACCUUCCCACGCAUGCGCGCGCGCACGCGCACACGCUCACCCCACCCACACCCACACCCACACCCACACCCCACCCACACCCACACCCACACCCACAUCCACACCCACAUCCACACCCACACCCACAUCCGCAGGUGAACGAUGACUGCAACACGUUGUCCGUGACUGCACCGGGCGCCUGCAAACAGGGCUGGCGUUCCACCUGCAAAACACAGAUACAUUUUUAAAAAUCAUGAAAAUUAAAAAGACAAAAAAAUAAAGAAUUCAUUGAUAAUUCUAACUCAGAACUUUAACAAUGGCAGAAGUUUACUAUGCGCAGAUACUGUGAAAUGCCCACCAGUGUUACACCUUUCUGUUAUUAGCAGAUGAAUGCCAUGUUGGGCAACUAUGUCAGAUUUCUGCUCCUCUCUUUUAAUGAAAUAACGUGACCGUUAACGCAAGUAACUCUUUAUUUAUUGUUCACCCUUUUUUUCCUUAAGGAAAGGACUCUUCCACCUACCAUCCAAUGAACAGCUCUUCAGAAAGCCCCUUGAAAGUUAAACUAUUUAACGUGAAAUCCAUUAACUGGAAUAAUUGAGUUUAUUUUUACAAUAAAUUCACUGAGUAAAUAAGUUGGAGCUGCAAUUCUGAGCUUUGUGUUUGGACUGUCUGAUCUCUAGCUAAAGGAAAGCGUUGAGAGGGAAAUAUUAUUUAAAUCAACCAGUUAAUUUGCUGGUCAGGUCUCUGGCCCUAUAACAUGCAAAAAAUUAAUUAGUUUAAAAGUCCUUCCAGAUCCUAACUUCUGAAGCAACCGGAGAGGAACUUUUAGAAUGACACAUCCCGUGUCCCAUUGCUGCCAACAAUGUGGUUGUCAGUGGUUCCUACUUUCUGUGAAGGCACCAGCUUGUGAUACCCAUCUCAUUUCACCUUGCAUGUGAGACAGCAAACAAAAUCCACUAAAGGCGUGAACUAAUUAAUAUGCUGGCUGCUACCUUGCAUAAAUUAAUGGUUUGCUCACACGGGUUUUUCGUGGGGUUACAUCUGUGAAUAGCCUCUUUUCCACAUGUAAAUUUGUGCCUUACACCCUGAGUUGUGUACACUUGUAAACUGUCGUUAUGAUAAACUUCCCCCCCCCCCCCCGCCUUUUGAAAUAAAUGCAGCUAUUUAUUUGACCCUCCCUCCCCCCACCCCCGCUCCAGCCCUCUGGAAGAUUAGCAUCUAGCAGAUGGAAGAAGAGUGCAGUGGUGGUGGUUAUAAACCUGCCCCCCUGGGAGAGCUAGGCGGGCAGCACACCCUCCAAUUCACUUCCUUCUAGUCGUGCCAACUCCAACCACCCUUUGGCCAUGCUACCAAGCAUGGACACCCGUGUUGUGGGUGGCAAUACCCAUUCUCCUUCCAGAGCUCCCUGCUUCCCUGGUAUUCUCAGAUCAUUUCAACAUGGUGAUAUCCUCAUUGGCCAGAAGAGAAGGGACUAACGUCCCAGCCCUCAUUUCCGCUGGAUCCACUGGCUGGAGAACACGCUGUGUGCGGUUGCCAGGCACCUGGGAGGUGUCUCCAAGCCAUGGGCUCAGCACGCACGUGCCCUGCACACAAAGAAAUGACGUGGAAGUAGAUGCAGGCAGGCUGGUCCCUGCUGUGAUGGAUGAGUAACUCCAAGUACAAAGCCAACCACAAUGGAUGCUGCAAAAACAUUGACUGGGGCAGAAGAUUUUUUAAUUUUUUAACAAAUUUCUUCAUCCAUUUGUUGUUCUUGUUUGUAGUGGGCGGGGUGGGGGUGUGUCCCCCCCCCUUCUCAUUAGCUCAAGCACACAGAGGGGUCUAUUGUUUACUCUACCAUGAACAAAAGAACUGUCAACAUAAUGUAAACAGUGAGCAUUGUUUGGGGUUGUGUUUUUAAACAGUAUAUUUGGUGGCCUCUUUGUCUCUUUUUAUUUCCAGUUUGAUCUUCUGGGUUUGAUCUUGUCUUAAAAAAAAUAAUAAUAACUUUCAAAGAAAGACUACUGGGGACAAUCUUGAGUUGGCUGAUGAAAAAGUGGUACCUCCGUAAUCAGAGUGAGACCUAGGUGUGUCUCGAGGACUCACGCAUUAGCUUUGUGUUCCUGCAGACAUCCCUCGCAGUUUUGCUGUCUUUCGGGGUAGGCUUCUGUUGUUUUGGGUUGUUAUGUUUUUAUUCUGUUUUGUUAGCAGAAUCAACGUUCACAUCCCAUGAACUCUGUACCCUGAAAUCGCAAAGUCUUCUCUAGAAACUGAGAUCAUUGUUUUUUUCCCUUCUCCCCGAAGGUUGACCCCCAAGAGUAUUGACAAGGGAGCCCCCACUCUCGUGUCCCCAUGGGUGGACAUCAUUGCCUCAGCUGUGUUACGGAGACCUGUGUCAAAACUUCCAUCCCACAUCCCCACCUCCCAACAACUCAUCACUUGCGGCGUUCUCCCUAAAAUGCCCAUAUGUACUGAGCUGGUUGUUUGCAUUUAAGUAUUUUUUUCCCUUUUCUUUUUCUUUUUUUUUUCCCCCCCACUGUGUGUUGGGGGGAGGGUCCAUAAACCUGAGUGUGCCUUUGCUUUCCACCCUUGCUAGACACUGGUAGAUGCAACAAACUCAGAUUUAUAUUUGUUGUAAAGUUGUAAAAAUAUUGUGAUGUCACCAACUUUCCUUCCAUCUCCACAUCCCUUAACAUCUGAUUCAUGACUUAAUGUAUGUUGUAAAACAGAAAAAAAAGAAAAA